UUGCGCUACUUGUACUCAUAUGACGCAUAACUCAUAAGCAAGCAUUUCCUCCAUUUUCUGUGUCUCGCUCUCCUCUUCGUCUACCUCUCAUCUCUGAAGCGCAAAGCCAUGGCUACUUUAGCGGCGGCCGCAGCUCGUCAAUUCGCAACUUCAAGUCGAAUCUCUUCGGCUAGAACCUCGUCUCAAGCAUCGAAUCUAAUCCAAAGACGUGGCCUUGCCGGCGCUGCUGAUCAUCAUGGAACCCCAAGGAUUAACGUCUGGCAAGACCCAUUGAGCCCAUCCAAAUGGAAGGAAGAGCAUUUUGUAAUUGUCUCUUUAUCUGGCUGGGGUCUACUCAUCUUUGGGGCUUACAAGUUCUUCACUGGAGGCAAAGGCAAGAAGGAAGAGAAACUGGCGGAAGCAUCGCACUGAGGUUUGGAGUUUUAGAUAUUCCCAGAACUUCUUUGAAAUAACGAGUUUGCUUGGAUAUAAUGUCUUCAAAUUUCAUUUUCUUUGUCAGCAACUGAUUUUUGAUCAGUCUAUGGAGAUUGAUACAUUGAAAAAAUAUCGAGGUUAAUGGCUUUGUUGGGAGUUUAUGCCCUGUCCAA